GGGGGAGGGACAUCACUGGAUCACAUAGCUUGGGUUUGUAGCAUCCUUGUAGCUCCUCAAGUCUUGCCUUUGAAUAAAAUGCUAUGAAAGAAAAACAGAAAACAGCCGAGAAGGACAAAGCGAGACGUGAUAUUGCACGGAGGUGAUAUUGUGGUGAACGCAGGGACCUAGAGGGGAAGAGAGCUGGCAAUUUACAGACUCUCAGCUGCUGUGUUCUUAGCUGAGGAACGAAGGAGGAGGGGUGAAAGGAGAAAUUCCCUUUCCUUUUUUCCAUCGGCUGCCUGGAAAACCUUGGAAGGACAUCAGCCGUGGCCACAUUUCUUCAUGAACAGCAUCAUUACUCCAGUCUUGGGUGUCACACGAUCCUUCAGAAAUCAUUUUAAUAUGCUGAUUUGCUGCUCAAGAAACAUUUCUGAUUAUUGCCGAUGUUGAAGACAGCUGCGCUGGAUUGUCUGAAGAACUGUAUUUAUUUGCCGUCACUUUUUGAUCAGUGUAAAGUAUUAAUUUCUUUCAUCAAAAAUCUAUUAUUAUUGAACAAUGUUGUAUUUGCAGAAUAAACCUUGCGCUUAUACACAAACUUUUUAACUGUACACGUCAAAUGUAAUAUUCGAAAACAAGGGUGAUCCCUGUCUCCAAAAGCUGUUCAUAUUUGUUUUAAAAGUCCUUAUUUCGAAUACUUCAGUUCUGGAGGAAUUCUUAAAUUAAUUUACUAAACUAUAUGUCUUUCUAAACCUGUACGACUUUAUUCCGUGGAACGCAAAAGUGUGUUUUUUCCGUAACAAUAUCAAAUGUUCAACAAAUUGCAAACUUUUCCUGCAAAACAAUCCCAUUCUUUGACUUAAAGUCGUACAGAUUUAGAACGAUAUGAAGGUGAGCAGGCUAAACCAUAACUGAAUUGUCUUUUUUUUUUUUUUUUUGACAUGUCCCUUUAACUGCACAAGCAGCUCUUUGUGAAUGGAGACACGCUGCGGUUUAGGAGAUUUCUACAUUCUCAUUCACAUCCACCGAGAUCUCGACAGCAGAGUCUCCUAUUCUCUAUUUUAAGCGUCGAGCCUCGUUCCUGUCUCCAGCCCCCACAUCCACAAACACACACACACACACACACACACACACACAGAUCCUAACGGUUGUAAUGUGGAAGGAAGCUUGUGGUUUGCCAACAGUAUCUUAAAAGCUCACACAUCCAUAUGUCGUCCACAGGGUUUGUACUCAUGCGCGCACACACACACACACACACACACACACACACACACACACACUCACGCCACAAGCCCACACAUUCAGUCAAGUUCAUGCAAUCACACACAGAUUUUUUCACUGAUGCGUCCAAAAUUCCCUUUUCCCUUUUGUGAGUUUCUAAUCGAUCGAGUGCUUUCAAAUACAGUGACUUAAGUUUUAAUAAUGUUUCUGAAUUCAAUCUCAGACGUUCACGAAGAGAGUUGUGUGUCUUUAAAAACGCCAAAUUUUGACCAAAUCCCAUCUUUUGCGAAAUGUUUGGAUUUUUCGACAGUAGCUGUAUGCAUCAAAGAAUCACAAAAAUGUGAAGCAGCACGUCUUUAGCAUCGAUAAUAGUCUUUUAAUAAUCGUUUCUUACGCAGCGUAUCAGCAUGAUUUCUGAAGAUUUCGAUUUAAAAAUCAAAUGCAUGCAUGAAGUGUCAUGAUGUUUACUUUUAUGAUCCUUUUUGUUUUCCUGUAAUUUUCCAUAGACCCACAAGCUAGGCUAGCAGUCAGCUAUGUAUUAAAAACAAAGGCAAACUGCAUCUAUCGAUCUAACUCUUUCACAGGACUCUUGCAGGAGUUGAGGAUCACCUGAGCGUCAUGGCCGAGGCCUUCUGGAGGACUGAAUCCCUGUAGGGUUGCCUUCGAAGCGCGCUCCCGCAAGAACCAUGUCUCUGACCACCACCAAACCCGACAUGUUCACCUCCGCCCUGACCCCGUUCCAGGCCCCCACGCUCCCCCUCACCACCUUCAUUCCCGUCCUCACGAGUACAGCGGAGCCCAGAACGGAGCCGGAGAACGUGACGUUCAGAACCACCUUCCGCUCCGUCACGACGUCCGCGAACGAGACCGGCCUGAACUCCACGCAGCUGCCGGUGGCGUCGGUGGAGGGCGGCGGGAUGGGGAUGGUGCUCGUGCCCUUCGGCAUCAUCACAGUCAUCGGGCUGGCUGUCGUGGUGCUUCUGUACAUCAGGAAAAAGAAAAGGCUGGAGAAACUGAGACACCAGCUGAUGCCCAUGUAUAACUUUGAUCCAGCUGAAGAACAGGAUGAUCUAGAGCAGGAACUCUUGGACCACGGACGAGACGGAAGCCCAGCGGGACCAAACUCCAAAACACUGACCACAAGUCAGGGAACGACUCAAAAACCCAGUCGACUUGUUUUCACUGACGUGGCCGAUGCCAUUAAUGCGUGACGACACUGACGUGCCGCACGGGAACAAAAGGACACAGAACUCUGGACAACUGGAUUCAGGAAUAUUUGGUACGAUAGAGUACACUGUAAAAAAUAAAAUCUAAAACAUCG